UCGUGCACCCGAACCCACUACAGACUCGCAGAAUUACCCGAAAAUACGCAAAGGGGAAUUAUUCCUCAAAAAAGCGGGGCGCUGGGAUAAUCGAGUCGAUCGUCGCAGCUAUUCGCCCGCAGCAGCUCCCACAAGUCAGCGCUCAUCCCAAAUCGGAUCCUAUUUCGCUCACUCAGUGAAAUCCCCGUGAUUGAUCUCAGGGCACCAAGUGCUACGGUUUGACACGAGAAUCGCUCGCAAGUGUUACGCGGAACGAGUUAUUUUGCGAUCAUGAAGCGCUUCGGACACCAUAAUAACAACCAUCAUCAAAGUCAUGAAGACGAUCUGCACAAAAAGGAAAGCUCGGAGCGUGCCAGUCCUCAGGAUGACGUAGUUGCCGAACUACCCUGUAGUCCAGCUGUGAAUCGCAAAUCGAAGUUUUCAUACAACCCACUCAGGGGUGCUAGGCACUCUUUCUCCAUUGACUACGGUGAUGUCUUGCCUGUGCCUAGGGGUAACAGAAAGCCGCACAACACGUUAACUGGCACCCCCACGGGAAGAACGCCGAGCAACGGGCAGCCGGAUAAGGCACAGUAUAGAGUAGUUUUUCUUGGUGGCGCAAAAGUUGGCAAAUCCGCUAUCAUCCACCAGUUUCUCUACGAAAAGUUCUUACACGACUAUAGCGCGACCGUCGAGGAGUUCCACAGAGGUGAAUACGACGUGGGUCUUGAAAGCAAAGUAUCUCUCGACAUCCUCGACACGGGAGGUAGCUGCGAGUUCCCCGCGAUGCGAAGACUGGCCAUCGGUUCAGGAGACGCGUUCGUUUUGGUGUACGCCGUCGACAACGAAAGCUCGUACGAUACGGUGCGAACACUCCGUGAUGACAUUCUGCAGCUGCGUCAAAGUGACAAAACCUCGCCACCAAUCGUCGUUGUCGCAAACAAGACCGAUCUACCUUCGGAGAAACACAUUGAGAGCAUAGCUUCAUCCAUGGUGGAGCCUGUCGUAUGCAUGGACUGGGAGCACGCCUUCGUCGAGUGCUCAGCCAAAGACAACGCGGACGUAGUACACGUAUUCCAGGAGCUCUUGGCGUUAUCCCCGCUGAAGAAGCAAACUCCUCCAGCUCGGCAAGCCGGUUUCCGCAGGAUGUCUCUACCUGUGACAUCGCUUUCCGAUCAGUUGGGCUCUCUCAGCCUCACCAAGAGUCCAGGCCACAAGAAAAAACGGGACAGCUGUCACGUAUCAUAAGUGGUCCUUGGCGACGACAAACCUCGUUCUCCUCUUGAGACAGCAACACCAAAGACAAAAACCUCAACCGACAAAUAGACGGCAACAGCCAACCUGUUGCUCUGUACAAUUAUUAUGCACGGCAGUGGACGCUGGACGAGCGAAGAAACAGUAUAAUCACUCGCCGGGUAUCGCUUCAAUAAUUUGCCUCAGUCAGAAGACGCCGCCCCCGCAGGCAGGUCGGAGAACGGACGAAUCGAAUUCCAGCGAGCAAGCAUUCUCGAGUGCGUUGGCGUGGUCGAACCGCGUCGUCUCUAAUAAAAAUUCGAUGCGAUCCUUUCGGUGUCAAUGGAGCGCCUCCGAUUACUUACUAGACCUCCGUGAGCAUACGGUCGUUUUCGUCGAUGCCGCCGCCGUUGGUGCUGU